AUGCCAGCUUCUCCUUCCUUCCCAUCCGCAGACGGCCGCGGCAAAUGGAGGAAGCGAAAGCGGGACCCCCAAAUCCGCCGCCGGCCUCGCGACGACGACGAAGAAGACGACGACGACGCCGCCGCCGAUGACAACAACAACAACGACCUCGACCACGACGACUCCGACCCUACCGCACCCGAUCCCGCCCCGCACGAGACCGAGGUCCUCGACGGCGGUGUCCGCCACAACGAUUUCCCUCCCGUCGUUCUGCGCGCCGUGAAUAGGCCCCACUCCUCGGUCCUCGCGAUUGCGGCGGUCGAGCGGGCCAACCACAUUAACUCCGCCGGCGACGGCAAGGGUCCGGUGAGUCCUCUGGUGCUGGAGAAUGUGUCGCACGGCCAGCUUCAGGCCUUGUCCGCCGUGCCGGCCGAUAGUGCGUCGUUGGAUCAGGACCGUCCAGAUGGCGCCAGCUCGUCUUAUGUCAUUACUCCGCCGGCGAUUAUGGAAGGCGGCGGCGUUGUGAAGCGGUAUGGGAGUAGAGUUCUUGUGGUUCCAAUGCACGCAGAUUGGUUUUCACCUGUUACAGUGCAUCGACUGGAGAGACAGGUGGUGCCACAUUUUUUCUCAGGGAAAUCACCAGAGUUUACUCCUGAGAUGUACAUGCAAAGUAGGAAUGAAAUUGUUGCCAAGUACAUGGAGAACCCAGAGAAGAGGCUUACAGUUUCUGAUUGCACAAAAUUAACAAGCCAUCUAAAUACUGAAGAUUUGACCCGAAUUGUUCGGUUUCUUGAUCACUGGGGAAUUAUCAAUUACUCUGCCGCCGAACCAAGUCCUGAGCCUUGGAAUGGUAAUUCCUACUUAAGGGAGGAGCAAAAUGGUGAGAUUCAUGUUCCGUCAGCUGCGUUGAAGUCGAUUGAUAGUUUAAUCAAGUUUGACAAGCCCAGAUGUAGGCUUAAGGCAGCUGAUGUUUAUAAGUCAUUGUCCUGUCAUGACAACGACGACGACGUCUCUGAUUUGGACAAUAGAAUUCGAAAACGUCUAUGUGAAAAUCAUUGCAAUUAUUGUUCUUGCUCUCUUCCCGGUGUAUGCUAUCAGUCACAGAAGGAGGUUGAUGUAUACCUCUGCUGUAAUUGCUUCCAUGAGGGAAGAUAUGUUGUGGGUCAUUCAAACGUAGAUUUCAUACGAGUGGAUUCGACAAAAGAUUAUGCUGAUCUAGAUGGAGAAAAUUGGACUGAUCAAGAAACCCUACUGCUGCUUGAGGCAAUGGAAAUCUAUAAUGAGAACUGGAAUGAAAUUGCAGAGCAUGUUGGUACAAAGUCCAAAGCGCAAUGUAUCCUUCAUUUUCUACGUCUGCCUGUGGAGGAUGGCUUGCUGGAAAAUAUUGAAGUUCCAGGGAUACCUCUUUCAUCCAACUCGUCAAGUAGAGAUCAGGGCGGAUUUCAUUCAACUUCAAAUGGGAAUUCAGCAGGAUCCUGCCUACUAGAUGGUAGUUCUGAAAGCAGGUUCCCCUUUGCAAAUUCUGGGAAUCCAGUCAUGUCCCUGGUUGCCUUUCUGGCCUCUUCUGUCGGGCCAAGAGUUGCUGCAUCUUGUGCCCAUGCAGCCUUGGCAGUGUUGUCUGAGGACAAUGGCUUAUCUGCUUCUGGAAGUAACUUGCAUGGUCAAGGUGGCAAUCAUGGAAUUACUGCAAAUUCAGUUCAGCAAAAGGAGAACUCAGCAGGACAAGGUUCUUGGGGUACAAAUGAGGCAGUGGCAACCCCAGUACCUGCAGAAAAGGUUAAAGCUGCUGCGGAAGCUGGCCUUGCUGCUGCUGCAAUAAAAGCAAAAUUGUUUGCUGAUCAUGAAGAACGGGAAAUUCAGAGGCUAUCUGCUAAUAUCGUAAACCAUCAGUUGAAGAGAUUGGAGUUGAAGUUAAAGCAGUUUGCAGAAGUGGAGACUUACCUAAUGAAAGAAUGUGAACAAGUGGAGAAGACAAGGCAAAGGAUGAUUGCUGAACGUACCCGUCUUAUAUCAACCCGGUUUGGACCUGCGGGAGUCACUCCACCUAUAAACUUAGCAGGUGUAGGUCCUUCUAUGGCCAAUAAUAAUACUGGUAACAAUAGGCAACAAAUUAUGUCACCAUCAGCUUCCCAGCCAAGCGUAUCCGGGUACAGCAACAACCAACCAGUCCAUUCUCACAUGCCUUUCAUGCCACAGCAAUCCAUGCUAGGGUUAGGACCGAGGAUGCCCUUGUCAUCCAUACAAGCCUCCUCAUCAGCUCCAAAUGCCAUGUUUAAUUCCUCAGGGACUGGUCGUCCGACACUAAAUCAUCCGAUGCUGAGGCCUGUACCAGGUACUAGCUCUGGUUUAGGUUGAAAGAAAUCAGGAUUUAAGUUGGGGCUUCUAAUGUUAUUUCCUUUUGGUCGUUGCUAUCUGCACUGAAAUCGAAAGGAAGGGAUAAAGGAUAAAAUAGAUGUAAUUCAUUCAUGAUCACUUUGUAGUGUUAUUCUAUAUAGGAAUAUCUUCGGCAGUUUGUAGGCCCUGUAUGUGCAUACCGUAAUUCUUAAAAUUGAUUCAGUCCAGAAGAACUGUGUUCUCAAAAUGAGGCCAUUUUCUCGUUUUCCAUAUUUUCU